AUGCAUAUGCACUACUUCCUCGACAUCGUCCUCUUCACUACUACCCUCACCACUCUUACCUCAGCCCAUGGUGUGAUCAUUGAGGCAACCGGUGAUGCCGGUGGCCAGGGAACCGCCCUCGCCGGUACACUACCUUCCAACCCACCUCUGAUGCAUGCCUGACACAUCUCUAGUUGAUGCCGCAACCCCUCGUGACGGCACCCGCCGCCGUCCCUUCCAGCAAGACACCACUGUCUUUGAAGAAGAAGAUGACGACGAAGGAGCAGUGAGAACUGGCUGUGGCAUGACACUCCAAGCAGGGGAGAUCGAUAUCCCAACCGCCAUGCAAUCCGUAAUCGCUCAAAACGGUGGCCUCCCGCAGGUCUCGCCUGGCGGGGAACUCACCAUGACACUGCACCAAGUGAACGCGGACGGGGCUGGGCCUUAUCAGUGUAUGAUCGACCAAACAGGCACUGGAGAAUCUUUCACUCCCAUGGUUGUUACACAGAACGUCCCUGGCGAGGAGGGGAGGGAGAGAGACGGCAGUGAGACCGCUUUCGUGAGUUUCCCCCCCUCGACACGGCUCUUGGAGAGAUGGUGGUGGGCUAAUGGUGGUUUGAAUAUAGCCACUUGUAGCACAGAUGCCGGCGAAUAUGGAAUGCACUGGAACCGCUGGUGCGAUGGCGGGGAUUUGUAUGGUUCGGUGCCAAAAUCCGGCUAAUGCUGGGCCGUUUGGUGGAUGUAGGAACACCUCUCCCCACCCGUGCAUCCCAAGAAAUCUGCUAAGACCAACAGGUGUCCCGGUACAACAAGCAGGAGCCGAUGCCGCAGGGGGAGUUGGUGCCAGUGCUAGUGCCAGUGCCAGUGCUGGUACCGGUGCCGCCGCUGGUACUGCUACCGCGGCUAGCAGCACGCUCGCCAACACUGAGGCACCAAAUACGGCCUCCGCCGGAAAUGCUGCUGCUACCAACACUGCCGCUGCCGGUAAUGUUAACGGUAAUGGCAAUGAUAACGCCAAUAAUGCUAACGUUAAUGGCAAUGCUAACGCCAAUAACGCCGGGGCAAAUAACAAUGUAGCGGGGGCCGGGGCAGGGGGGAACGCCCCUAACGGAAACAACGCGGGUAGAAAUGAUGCUCCGGGCGGUCCCCGUGGGCUCGGUCGGCAAGCCGCCAAGAGGUUCCGUGCUUAG